GAUGAGGGAGAAGCACUGUUGAAAACUAUAGGGCACGUGUUCGGCGGGGUUGAGCAAGGAGAGAGAAGAGAGAGCGCAGUGGGUUUGGCCAAGAAGAAAGCAGCGGGAGUCGAUUAGCUCCCGCCAUGGCGAAUGCCGCCGUAGCCAGUGUAGGUAGCGCCCUUAGUGACAGCCUGGUGAAAACCGCUAUGGCUGACUCGGGUACGAUGAUGGGCGGSGAGUUGGGGGCCACGUUGGUAUCUCCUUGGGCAGCCCAGGUUUUCAUCCCAGCUGCAGCUCUCAUUGGGAUGGCGUUUGCCAUACURCAAUGGUCCRUGGUCGCGAARAUUCCGGUGCGAUCGGCYGCGGCCGGUGAUGACUAUUUAAUGGCGGAUGAGGGUGGGCUCGAGGAUGCCAGCGUGAUUGCGAAGGUGGCGGACAUUCAGGAGGCGAUCUCCCUUGGAGCAGUGUCGUUCUUGACGACGGAGUACUGGUACUUGACCAUCUUCAUGACACUGUUUACUGUUAUCAUCUUCGUCUUCCUUGGAUCCGUCGACGGCUUCGGGAGGGAGUGGAAGCCUUGCGAUGCCAAGGUUCCCACUGGGAAGAUGUGUGCGCCAGGCACUGCCGUCGCAUUCUUCAGCGCCGUGGCCUUCGCUCUCGGUGCACUGACUUCCACCCUGUCGGGCUUCCUGGGCAUGAAGAUCGCAACUUACGCGAAUGCCAGGACGGCCCUGCAGGCUAGGAAGGGCAUUGGCGCGGCCUUCGCGGCUGCCUUCAGAUCUGGCGCUGUGAUGGGCUUCCUGCUGACGGCGAACGGCCUGUUGGUGCUGUUCCUGGCGAUUCUUGGGUUCAAAAAGUACUUCGGCGACGACUGGGUGGUGAAGAACUGGUACAUGUUCUUCUGCGUGGCGGCCGGUUUGUGGGCGGGACUGAUCAUCGGGUACAUCACGGAGUACUUCACCAGCCACCAGUACUCGCCAGUGCGCGACGUGGCGGAUGCGUGCAGGACGGGAGCUGCAACCAACAUCAUCUUCGGUCUGGCUCUGGGUUACAAGUCUGUGAUCAUCCCUGUGUUUGCCAUCGCCGGCGCCGUCUACCUCUCCUACAGCCUGGCGGCCAUGUACGGCAUUGCGUGCGCAGCACUUGGAAUGCUCAGCACUCUGUCCACCUGCCUCGCCAUCGACGCCUACGGCCCCAUCAGCGACAAUGCCGGUGGGAUCGCCGAGAUGGCAGAGAUGGGUCCAGCCAUCCGUGAGAAGACGGACGCGCUGGAUUCGGCUGGGAACACGACUGCUGCUAUCGGCAAGGGCUUUGCGAUCGGGUCGGCUGCGCUGGUGUCGCUCGCUCUGUUUGGCGCCUACGUGAAUCGCGCCGGCAUCUCGGAGGUGAACGUGAUCGCACCGAGGGAGUUCGUGGGUCUGCUCGUGGGGGCGAUGCUGCCGUACUGGUUCUCGGCGAUGACGAUGAAGAGUGUGGGCAAGGCGGCUCUGGCCAUGGUGGAGGAAGUGAGGCGGCAGUUCAACACCAUUGCGGGCCUGCUGGAGGGAACGGUGAAGCCGGACUACAAGAAGUGCGUGAUGAUCUCCACGGACGCGUCGCUCAGGGAGAUGAUCGCUCCAGGCUGCUUGGUGAUGCUCACACCCAUYAUUGCGGGUUACCUGUUCGGCGUGUACACGCUAGCAGGUGUUCUUGCGGGCGCCCUGGUUUCCGGAGUGCAGAUGGCCAUCUCCGCCUCCAACACCGGCGGAGCGUGGGACAACGCGAAGAAGUUCAUCGAGGCAGGCAACACGGAGCAGUCACGCGCGCUCGGGCCGAAGGGCUCCGCAUGCCACAAGGCAGCCGUCAUCGGAGACACCGUGGGCGAUCCCCUCAAGGACACGUCGGGCCCAUCUCUCAACAUCCUCAUCAAGCUCAUGGCAGUCGAGUCUCUUGUCUUCGCACCAUUCUUUAAGGAGCAUGGCGGCAUUCUUUUCGGUGGCAACAGUUAGAGCGGUGUUAAUCACCCUGGAGAUUUUUGCUGUUUUGGAGCGUGUCUGCUUUUAGCGAUUUCGGGCUAGGGCACGGAAUCGGCCAGGCAAUCAAAAUACUCUCUUUCCCCGACUUCCUGCCCCCUGGUUACAUUGUAAUCGCUGGCGACGUAACGAAGUUUGGAGGUUGUUAACGUCCUCAACGACGCUCCAAUAUAGUCGGUGCAGGGAAAGGAAUGGCUUUUUUCUCCCCCGAUUUUGAGGAGAUACUAGCCGGCCCAGGUGGAAGGAAAUCUGUUAGCUAACUACAAGUUUGUGGCAUUUUCAUUCGUUGACUCACUCGUGCUAUUUGUAGAGUCUCUCUCUCUCUCUCGGAGUAGUACCGCCUUUGAAACGUCGUGGUCUGCUUUUAUUGAUUAGUUCCUUGAUCGCUUGCCAUAAGAGGAAGAGUGCAUAUGGAGAGUUGCACGCUAAGAGUGCAAAUGGAGAGUUGCGCGCUCGGGGAAAAAGUACGGGUGUAAUAAAUACUUCGGAUGGUUUGGAGCAGGCAUACCAUUGUGUUAUAUAAUCUCAGGAGAUGCGUAGCAGGGAGGCUUGUGGGCCGUUGACCAUAGGAUGGCAGACCUUCGUCUUUGUUGAUGCUUUUCCUCUCGAUGGAGUUCUCGUUUGUUAUUGGCGACGAGUUGUUUUCGUCUUCUGCCGAAUACCAUCUGAAAUGUGAUCUGUCGACGACUCGACGUCCCUUCUUAUUGGCGACGAGUUGUUUUCGUCUUCUGCCGAAUACCAUCGAGUGUCUAUCUGUUGACCUGUGCUGGCAAUGACCUCGCGGUAUCUAUCGUUUGGUUGGUUACCCACUUCUUUCUUAUGUUGAAGGUCGUGUCGAUCUUCGCGUACGACCCCUGUCCGAAGUUAUAGCGCGCUGGUUUUCCUUGGAAGGGCCAUGAGAUAAUGUCUUUAACAACCAUAUCGGGGGACCAGACGAAAUAUGGUCUUCUCUGUGAGGAAAGACUGGCUUUCUUCCAAGUAUGGUGGCGUGAAUAUGGUCCAUUUGAAAGUAAUGGGAGGGAGGGGACCGGAGGGAAUAAACGUAGGGUUCCGGAUGUGGAUGCUGUGGAUUCUUUGGCGCUGGUUGGAGCCUUUGGGGAUUCCAUUCCGGUGAUUAUGGCACGAGUGUUUUGGGUAUUACUGCGAUUAGUAGGUUAUCACUACCCGAGGAUGCUCGCUGAGUGCGCUGCUUACUGGGUUUCGAGGGUUUCAAAUAUAUAUGUUUGUGAUGUGGAUCCUUUCCGUCAGGAGAGAACAUUAUGAAAACAUUUUCCGAAUAAAUAAUACCCGUGUCG